AUCAACGCACUACAGCCGGGAGAUGAUGGCAACCAUGCCGGGGCUGAUCAAAUUAGCUUUAUUCCUUUGCCUUGCAGCGCAUUCAGCUAUUGUAGAGGUGGACUCACAGAAUGCUGAUAAAGAUGGUGAUGUUAUGGUUACUUCUGAUGAUCAAGUGUUGGUAUUCUACUAUGGUAUGUGGGGAACAAUCUGUGGAUAUCAGUGGAGUAAAGAAGAUGCUCGAGUUGUUUGUCGACAAAGUGGUUAUGAACAUGGUAUAAGCUUUGUGUAUACUGACUAUACAGACAAACCAAUCUGGUUGUAUACAGUAGACUGUACUGGAGAAGAAGAUAACAUCACAUUAUGUAAUUCUACCAAAAUACAAAGCAAUAAACCAUGUCCUUACAGAGCUAGAGCAGGUGUUAUCUGCUAUAAUAAUGAUUCUUUAAAUGAAUAUCGAUUGGUUGGUGGUGAGAAUUCUAAUAGUGGACUUCUACAGGUCAAAUAUAACAACACAUGGGCAUAUCUUUGUGCUAUAUACAGUGAAUAUCUAAUAUGUACAGAACUUGGAUAUAUUACUGGAGAAAGAUACAAUACUCCACAACUUGAUAAUAUAACAGGAAACUAUUGGAGGAAUACCUUUAAUUGCCACAGAGGUGAACCUUAUAUAGAUCUAUGUAUACAAGGCAAGUGGCAGUAUAUCUCUGGUUGUUACUCAGGAUACAGACAAGGUGUUUAUUGCUACGGACCAGUUCGACUGAGUACCAAGUAUAUGAAUUCUUCUGGAGCUGUCCUGGUUUACGACAAUGAUAGAUAUAAGACUGUUUGUGAAGAUAGUUUUGAUCAGAAUGCUGUAAAUGUUGUUUGUAUGCAGCUGGGGUUUUCAUCUGGUGGUCACCUUUUACCGGGAAAUGUGUAUUUGACACUAUAUUCUAUGAUAAACAAACGAUACAAUUGUACUGGUGAUGAAGCUAGUUUACUGGAUUGUGUUACUGAGACUACAACAGAAUCGUGUUCUUCUGCUGUUAUUGUAAGCUGUACAGGUGAUGAUACUUCUACAGAUCAAGCUGAUAAAGAUGGUGAUGUUAUGGUUACUUCUGAUGAUCAAGUGUUGAUAUUCUACUAUGGUAUGUGGGGAACAAUCUGUGGAUAUCAGUGGAGUAAAGAAGAUGCUCGAGUUGUUUGUCGACAAAGUGGUUAUGAACAUGGUAUAAGCUUUGUGUAUACUGACUAUACAGACAAACCAAUCUGGUUGUAUACAGUAGACUGUACUGGAGAAGAAGAUAACAUCACAUUAUGUAAUUCUACCAAAAUACAAAGCAAUAAACCAUGUCCUUACAGAGCUAGAGCAGGUGUUAUCUGCUAUAAUAAUGAUUCUUUAAAUGAAUAUCGAUUGGUUGGUGGUGAGAAUUCUAAUAGUGGACUUCUACAGGUCAAAUAUAACAACACAUGGGCAUAUCUUUGUGCUAUAUACAGUGAAUAUCUAAUAUGUACAGAACUUGGAUAUAUUACUGGAGAAAGAUACAAUACUCCACAACUUGAUAAUAUAACAGGAAACUAUUGGAGGAAUACCUUUAAUUGCCACAGAGGUGAACCUUAUAUAGAUCUAUGUUUACAAGGCAAGUGGCAGUAUAUCUCUGGUUGUUACUCAGGAUACAGACAAGGUGUUUAUUGCUACGGACCAGUUCGACUGAGUACCAAGUAUAUGAAUUCUUCUGGAGCUGUCCUGGUUUACGACAAUGAUAGAUAUAAGACUGUUUGUGAAGAUAGUUUUGAUCAGAAUGCUGUAAAUGUUGUUUGUAUGCAGCUGGGGUUUUCAUCUGGUGGUCACCUUUUACCGGGAAAUGUGUAUUUGACACUAUAUUCUAUGAUAAACAAACGAUACAAUUGUACUGGUGAUGAAGCUAGUUUACUGGAUUGUGUUACUGAGACUACAACAGAAUCGUGUUCUUCUGCUGUUAUUGUAAGCUGUACAGGUGAUGAUACUUCUACAGAUCAAGCUGAUAAAGAUGGUGAUGUUAUGGUUACUUCUGAUGAUCAAGUGUUGGUAUUCUACUAUGGUAUGUGGGGAACAAUCUGUGGAUAUCAGUGGAGUAAAGAAGAUGCUCGAGUUGUUUGUCGACAAAGUGGUUAUGAACAUGGUAUAAGCUUUGUGUAUACUGACUAUACAGACAAACCAAUCUGGUUGUAUACAGUAGACUGUACUGGAGAAGAAGAUAACAUCACAUUAUGUAAUUCUACCAAAAUACAAAGCAAUAAACCAUGUCCUUCUUACAGAGCUAGAGCAGGUGUUAUCUGCUAUAAUAAUGAUUCUUUAAAUGAAUAUCGAUUGGUUGGUGGUGAGAAUUCUAAUAGUGGACUUCUACAGGUCAAAUAUAACAACACAUGGGCAUAUCUUUGUGCUAUAUACAGUGAAUAUCUAAUAUGUACAGAACUUGGAUAUAUUACUGGAGAAAGAUACAAUACUCCACAACUUGAUAAUAUAACAGGAAACUAUUGGAGGAAUACCUUUAAUUGCCACAGAGGUGAACCUUAUAUAGAUCUAUGUAUACAAGGCAAGUGGCAGUAUAUCUCUGGUUGUUACUCAGGAUACAGACAAGGUGUUUAUUGCUACGGACCAGUUCGACUGAGUACCAAGUAUAUGAAUUCUUCUGGAGCUGUCCUGGUUUACGACAAUGAUAGAUAUAAGACUGUUUGUGAAGAUAGUUUUGAUCAGAAUGCUGUAAAUGUUGUUUGUAUGCAGCUGGGGUUUUCAUCUGGUGGUCACCUUUUACCGGGAAAUGUGUAUUUGACACUAUAUUCUAUGAUAAACAAACGAUACAAUUGUACUGGUGAUGAAGCUAGUUUACUGGAUUGUGUUACUGAGACUACAACAGAAUCGUGUUCUUCUGCUGCUGUUAUUGUAAGCUGUACAGGUGAUGAUACUUCUACAGAUCAAGUGGAUGGUGGCUGGAGUGACUGGGGAUCAUUUAGUGGAUGUUCUGUUACCUGUGGAUUAGGAAUCAGAAGUCGGUCAAGAGAGUGUAACAACCCCACACCAGUAAUUGGUGGAUCCAACUGUAUCGGUAUUUCUACAGACACCGAAGAGUGUAUCAGUCCAGAAGGGUGUCGUUAUACAGGUAUUGUAUAUAUAGAAAUGACAUCAAGUUGAAUGAACAGGGUGCUCACGUAUUGUAAAUGUAUAUAGUAUAAAAUGACAACAUGAUGUCAUAUUCUAACAGCAGCUCUUUUCUAUGGAAGACCAAACAGCUCUUUAUAGU